GGCUGCGGCUCGGCUCGCGGUGCAGCUGCGCGGGGUAUUGAUUUGCGCGGAUGUGCCAGGGAAACAGACUCCUCGGCCUGCCUGCAGAGUUUUUUGUUGGUGUUGGGGGUUUUGUUUUGUUUUGUUUAAGAAAGGAGAAAAGCCACAGGCACUAGGAGAGAGCGCGACACCCCGAGUUUUGUCGGUGGGUGCACCCUGGGCUCUCCCAGAGUGGGGAGACGCGGGGAGUUGCUGGAUGGUGCCCCUCUUAGGCGAGUGUGUGCUUUCGGCUUGAGGCGCGGACAGCCUUCUGCUCCUGGUCAUUGUCUGGACAGUCCCUGCGGCGCCGGCGGCCGGGGGAUGCCCCCGCCCGGGUACCUGUGUGUGGUGAUGGGCGGCCACAGCCCUGUGCUGCUGCGGCCGCGGCUAUAUAAGGAAUUCCUCGUGCCUUUCGCACCCGGUGGUUCCGUGGGGCUCCCGCCGGGUGUUGAACGACGAGUUUUUUAAGGAUGGGGGAAUAAAUGCGCCCCUGAUGGCAUAUAUGUGGCGCCUGUAGAACUAGGAAAUCCUGUUUAAGUGGCAACCCUGGCGCGCCCCCCACGCCCCACCCCCGCCCGGUCUGCGUUGCUCCCUCCCCUCCGGUAUGCCAAACGCCAGGUUUUGUAACCUUUCCUGGCAAUUUUAGAUUUUAUGUGGGAUUUCCUGUCUAGAAGCAGAUACGAAGAUUUUAGGCUGUUUCAAAGAGGUUUCUUCUCGGUGGUAAACACAUUUUGGAUAUAUCUGAGCCUACGUUAAAAUCCCCGGUGCCAUGAAUGAUUUUCAGUUGUUCAGAUAAACGUUGCAUUUGAGAGAAGCCUGUUCGUUCGGAGGGAAAGGUGUGUUGGGUAGCGUCAUUGUGGAGAGGUGACUGGUUGUGGCAAGGACCUGAGCACAGGCUACCGCAAUUGUAAUUUCCUGCUUCUAGCGUCAAAUAGUGUCUGUUCUACAUCGAGCUGUUGCCGCUGUUGCUGAUGUGGCUUUAUGAAAGUUACAAAUUAUAAUACUGUGGUAGAAGCAAAUUCAGAUUCCGACGAUGAAGACAAACUCCAUAUUGUGGAAGAAGAAAGCAUCACAGAUGCAGCUGACUGUGAAGGCGGUGUGCCAGAUGAUGACCUGCCCGCAGACCAGACAGUGUUACCAGGAGGCAGUGACAGGGGGGCCAGUGCCAAGAGCUGCUGGCAAGACGAUGUAAAAGAUGACGAGUGCGACUCAGAUGCAGAAAAUGAGCAAAACCAUGACCCUAACGUGGAAGAGUUCCUGCAACAACAGGACACCGCCGUCAUUUAUCCUGAGGCGCCCGAGGAGGACCAGCGGCAGGGCACGCCGGAAGCCAGUGGCCAUGACGAAAAUGGAACACCAGAUGCGUUUUCCCAAUUGCUCACCUGCCCAUACUGUGACAGAGGCUACAAGCGCUUCACCUCUCUGAAGGAGCACAUUAAGUACCGCCAUGAGAAGAAUGAAGACAACUUCAGCUGCUCCCUGUGCAGUUACACCUUCGCAUACAGAACCCAGCUCGAGCGUCAUAUGACAUCACACAAGUCAGGAAGAGAGCAAAGACAUGUCACGCAGUCUGGGGGCAACCGUAAGUUCAAGUGCACUGAGUGUGGAAAAGCGUUCAAAUACAAACACCAUCUGAAAGAGCACUUACGAAUCCACAGCGGAGAGAAGCCAUAUGAAUGCCCAAACUGCAAGAAACGUUUUUCCCAUUCUGGUUCCUAUAGCUCACACAUAAGCAGUAAGAAGUGUAUUAGCUUGAUGCCUGUGAAUGGGAGGCCCAGGUCAGGACUCAAGACAUCUCAGUGUUCCUCACCAUCUCUUUCGGCGUCACCAGGCAGUCCCACGCGCCCACAGAUACGACAGAAGAUAGAGAAUAAGCCCCUUCAAGAACCGCUUUCUGUAAACCAAAUCAAAACUGAACCUGUGGAUUAUGAGUUCAAACCCAUAGUGGUUGCUUCAGGAAUCAACUGUUCAACCCCUUUACAAAAUGGGGUUUUUAGCAGCGGUGGCCAAUUGCAGGCAACCAGUUCUCCUCAGGGUGUGGUGCAAGCUGUUGUUCUGCCAACAGUUGGUUUGGUAUCUCCCAUAAGUAUCAAUUUAAGUGACAUUCAGAAUGUACUUAAAGUGGCAGUAGAUGGUAACAUAAUACGGCAAGUUUUGGAGAAUAAUCAAGCCAGUCUUGCAUCCAAAGAGCAAGAAGCAGCCAAUGCUUCAUCCAUCCAACAGGGUGGCCAUUCUGUUAUUUCUGCCAUCAGUCUUCCUUUAGUUGAUCAAGAUGGAACAACCAAAAUAAUCAUCAACUACAGUCUUGAGCAGCCUAGUCAACUCCAGGUUGUUCCUCAGAAUUUAAAGAAAGAAAACCCAGCCCCUACAAACAGCUGCAAAAGUGAAAAGUUACCAGAAGAUCUGACUGUUAAAUCAGAGAAGGACAAAAGCUUUGAUGGGGCUGUGGAUGAUAGCACUUGUCUUCUGUGUGAUGACUGCCCAGGAGACCUCAACGCACUUCCAGAACUAAAGCACUAUGACCCGGAGCCUGCUCAGCCUCUACCCCCUGCCCCAGCAGCCGAGAAGCCAGAGGCCUCCGCCUCAUCAGCCGGAGAUGGCGAUUUGUCUCCCAGUCAGCCACCUUUAAAGAACCUCCUGUCGCUCUUAAAAGCCUACUAUGCCCUGAAUGCGCAGCCCAAUGCAGAGGAGCUCUCAAAGAUUGCCGAGUCUGCGAACCUGCCACUGGAUGUGGUGAAAACGUGGUUUGAAAAGAUGCAAGCUGGACAGAUUCCAGAACAGUCUCCUGACCCACCCUCUCCAGAAACGGGUGCAGUAAACACCCCCGCAAAAACUGAUGAACAGCCUCCAUCUGCAGAUGGAAGUGAGCCCCAGGAAGACGGCCCAAGUGGACAAAGUCCUCUCAAAAUGACGAGCUCUCCAGUGUUACCAGUAGGACCAGCCAUUAAUGGUUCCAGAAGUUGCACAUCAUCCCCAUCGCCUCUAAACCUCUCCUCAGCCCGGAACCUGCAGGGCUACUCUUGCGGGGCAGAGGGUGCCCAGGAGGAGCCCCAAGUAGAACCUCUUGAUCUCUCACUACCAAAGCAACAGGGAGAGUUACUGGAAAGGUCGACUAUCAGUAGUGUUUACCAGAACAGUGUUUAUUCUGUCCAGGAAGAACCCUUGAACUUGUCUUGUGCAAAAAAGGAGCCACAAAAGGACAGCUGUGUUACAGACUCAGAACAAGCUGUAAAUGUAAUCCCACCAAGUGCCAACCCCAUAAAUAUUGCUAUUCCUACAGUCACUGCCCAGUUACCCACAAUCGUGGCCAUUGCUGACCAGAGCAGUGUCCCAUGCUUACGUGCGCUCGCUGCCAACAAGCAGACUAUUCUGAUUCCCCAGGUGGCAUAUACGUACUCAGCUACAGUCAGCCCUGCAGUGCAGGAGCCACCCGUGAAGGUGACCCAGCCAAAUGGAAACCAGGAUGAAAGGCAAGACACUAGCUCAGAGGGAGUCUCCACUGUGGAGGACCAGAACGACUCUGACUCUACGCCACCCAAAAAGAAAACUCGGAAGACAGAGAACGGAAUGUAUGCGUGUGACCUGUGUGACAAGAUAUUUCAGAAGAGCAGUUCACUGUUGAGACACAAAUAUGAACACACAGGUAAAAGACCUCACGAGUGUGGAAUCUGCAAAAAGGCAUUUAAACACAAACAUCAUUUGAUUGAACACAUGCGAUUACAUUCUGGAGAAAAGCCCUACCAAUGUGACAAGUGUGGAAAGCGCUUCUCACACUCGGGAUCUUAUUCCCAGCACAUGAAUCACCGCUACUCCUACUGCAAGAGAGAAGCAGAAGAAAGGGACAGCACAGAGCAGGAAGAGGUGGGGCCGGAAGUCCUGACGAAUGAGCUCGUUGGUGCCCAGGCAUCUCCCUCACCGGCUGACUCGGAUGAGAGAGAAAGUUUGACAAGGGAAGAGGACGAAGACAGUGAAAAGGAGGAAGAGGAGGAAGAAGAUAAAGAGAUGGAAGAAUUGCAGGAAGAAAAGGAAUGUGAAAACCCACAGGGGGAGGAGGAGGAGGAAGAGGAAGAAGAGGAGGAAGAGGAGGAGGAAGAGGAAGAGGAAGUGGAUGAAGCCAAGCAUGAGGCAGCAGCCAAGACUGAUGGUGUGGUAGAGGAUGAUGCUGCUGUGCAGCAGGCAGGCAGCUUGGAGCAGAAGGGGAGCGAGAGCAGCAAGCAGCUGUCUGAAGAGAAGACAAAUGAAGCCUAGGAGUUCUAGAAGGAAUUGUACUUGGUAAUGAAAUUUGCUCUGUAUUACCCACGCUUUCCAUGGAACCUCGGCUCCUCUGCUGUGGUUCCUGCUCACUACUGUGUAAUGUCAGAACUGAAAAAAAAAAAAAAUACAAAAAAAAAAUCCGGGUGUGCCUGAACCUCAAACCUAGUAAUUUUUCAUGCAGUUUUCAAAGUUAGGAACAAGUUUGUAACAUGAAGCAGAUUAGAAAUCUUAAAUGACUCAGAAAACCAAGGUUUCUUAGCAGGUUACAGGAAGCUGGAUGGGCAUCUGGCAUGGUUAUCAGUAUUAUCACUCUUACUUUGGUUCAUUCUUAAGCUGUACAAUGGGAGAAGUUUUAUAAUUUUUUAUUGGUAAACAUAUGCUAAAUCCGCUUCAGUAUUUUAUUAUGUUUUUUUAAAAAUGUGAGAACUUCUGCACUACAGAAUUCCCUUCACAGAGCAGUAGAAAGCAGUUCAAACUGUGCUGGCUACCUGCUACCAAUUCAGUCAGGAGGUAGGACCGCUCACGUUAGAUGCCAUGUCGUUAACAUGCAUUGCUAGCCUUAAGGAAGCAGCCGAGAAGAACUGAAGUUUCUUACUCAUGUGAUUUUCAAUGGAGUUCAAAGGUUGUCGUUGAGUUCUGACUGCAGGGACGAACAGUGUUGAUGUGGGGGGACGGCGGAGUCCGCAGAAUCAGUGUUCGUGAUUGUGUGUGCGUACGUGGUAGCAGCUAUGAAGGGUCUAUAGGAAGCGCGGUGUCUCCUUUGGCCUUAAGCAAGACCUGUGUGCUCUAAGUGCCAUUCUCAUCAGUAUUUCAAGGCUCUAACUGCCUUCAUUCAGUGUGUGGCCUACGAUAACUAGCAUUUGUUGAUUUGUGUGUUAUUUCAAAAUUCCCAAGUAAAACUCAAAACCACUGACUCUGUCAGCGAAGCUGAAGCACUGGGCCAUUCCAUGCUUUGGUUCCUCAGCAUUCGUUUUAUGUUGAUUGACUCUCAGAGAUCUCUACAGAAACAAAAGGGAAAUUCUCCAAACUACUUAAUCCAUGUACUUGCGUGUCAGACAUGGAUAAGCCAUUGGUAUUUGGCUCACAACCGUUUCCAAAUGUUAGUUAUUACGGACCCAGUUGAUGAACAGCAUUAGCUGAUUUUUACCUACCAGUAUUAUUUUAUUUCUUUUAGUUUAUAGAUCUGUGCAACAUUUUUGUACUGUACGUCUUCAAGCCUGGCAGUAUUAAUACCCUUCUUACUGACACGUACUUUUAGUUUUAGAAAACUUUUAUAUUUAUGUGUCUUAUUUUUAUAUUUCUUUAUUUAUUACACAGUGUAGUGUAUAAUACUGUAGUUUGUAUUAAUACAAUAAUAUAUUUUAGUAUGAAAUUUUGGAAAGUUGAUAAGAUUUAAAGUAGAGAUGCAAUUGGUUCUCGUGCAUUGAGAUUUGAUUUAACAGUGUUCUGUUAACAUUUAUACUCGCCUUGGACUGUAGAACAGAGUUUAAAUGGGAAUGUAUUAGUUUUCCAACUACAAUCAAGUCAUUCUCCCUCUACCCAGUUUUUAAUAUGAAACUCUUACACUUUGAAACUCACUGUGUGACUCCUAGCAUGAUGCUCUGCAGGUCUUCUGUUAAGAGUUAGCCCAGCCAUAACUCAUUCCCUUAGCAAGCCAAAUUAGAAUCGCCUUCUGUAAACAGGGUUGGGAACAAUGUUUAACAUGUUGUGCCAAUUUGUUCCUGUAUCCAUGUAUGUAAGCUACAAUCCGACUCUUCCUUUUAAGUUCCUUGUUACACCAUGGUCAUUUUCUAGUUUUUUACCAGACUCCCCAGCUCACAAUAAAAUGCAUCAACAAGCCUGACCCGCUGUCGUUCUUUGGAUCACCCGCAAGCUCUUCUUUGGACAGCUGUCUACAGAAUGGGCGUACAUCCUAGAGCUUCCCUCACCUUCAGCUGAGUUUGUUGACACAAAGUAUUUGAGACACUUAGCAUGAGAAUGCC